AGAGCUGAACAUUGGAGUGUUAGAGGAUAAACUGAUGAAAGUGUAUGCCAUGGUGGACGGUGAUCAUCUGCAGUGACUUGCUGCCUCCUCCCUCCCAGGUCUCAGGCUACUGAAAAUAGGGCUGUGAAAAGCACUGUGGGCCCUCUCCCCCAAGGAAAAAAAAAAAAGAAAAAACCCGAGGGGAAUUGAGUUGCAGAAAGAGUGAGAAGACUCCAGUGGUUGGAGAGAGAUGCAUCAGGAACUAAGGAUUACACAAUAAGAGGGAAAGGAGCCACCAUAAUUCUAGUAGUUUUUUUGUGCAUUGCUUCCUUGCAUUUGUAAGAACCUUCUGAUAACUUAAGGGAGAUUCUCCAAAAUGUGGCCAAAUUGCAAGGGGUUUCAAAUAUGAGAAAGCUGGGCCAUUUGAAUAACUUUACUAAGCUUCUUUGUGAUAUUGGCCACAGUGAAGACAAAUUGGGUUUUAACUAUGAGGAUAUUAUAAUUUGCUUGCGGUUGGCUUUAUUGAAUGAAGCAAAAGAAGUGCGGGCAGCAGGGCUACGAGCUCUUCGAUAUCUCAUCCAGGACUCCACUAUUCUGCAGAAGGUGCUUAAAUUGAAAGUGGACUAUUUAAUAGCCAGGUGCAUUGACAUACAGCAGAGCAACGAGGUAGAGAGGACACAAGCACUUCGAUUAGUCAGAAAGAUGAUUACUGUGAAUGCUUCCUUGUUUCCUAGCUCUGUGGCCAACUCAUUAAUAGCAGUUGGAAAUGAUGGACUUCAAGAAAGAGACAGAAUGGUCCGAGCAUGCAUUGCUAUUAUCUGUGAACUAGCACUUCAGAAUCCAGAGGUGGUGGCCCUUCGAGGUGGACUAAACACCAUCUUGAAAAACGUGAUCGAUUGCCAAUUAAGUCGAAUAAAUGAGGCCCUCAUUACUACAAUUUUGCACCUCCUUAAUCAUCCAAAGACCCGACAAUAUGUGCGAGCUGAUGUAGAAUUAGAGCGAAUUUUAGCGCCCUAUACUGAUUUUCACUACAGACAUAGUCCAGAUACGGCUGAAGGACAGCUCAAAGAAGACAGAGAAGCAAGGUUUCUAGCCAGUAAAAUGGGAAUCAUAGCAACAUUCCGGUCAUGGGCAGGUAUUAUUAAUUUAUGUAAACCUGGAAACUCUGGGAUUCAAUCUCUAAUUGGAGUACUUUGCAUACCAAAUAUGGAAAUAAGGAGAGGUCUGCUUGAAGUACUUUAUGACAUAUUUCGUCUUCCUCUGCCUGUGGUGACUGAAGAGUUCAUAGAAGCGCUGCUCAGUGUAGAUCCAGGCAGAUUCCAGGACAGUUGGAGGCUCUCAGAUGGCUUUGUAGCAGCUGAAGCAAAAACUAUUCUUCCUCAUCGUGCCAGAUCCAGGCCAGACCUCAUGGAUAAUUAUUUGGCACUGGUACUCUCCGCAUUUAUUCGUAAUGGACUUUUAGAGGGUUUGGUUGAAGUGAUAACAAACAGCGAUGACCAUAUCUCAGUUAGAGCUACCAUCCUUUUAGGAGAGCUUUUACAUAUGGCAAACACAAUUCUUCCUCAUUCACAUAGCCAUCAUUUGCACUGCCUGCCAACCCUAAUGAAUAUGGCAGCAUCCUUUGAUAUCCCUAAGGAAAAGAGACUGAGAGCCAGUGCAGCCUUGAACUGUUUAAAACGCUUCCAUGAAAUGAAGAAACGAGGACCUAAGCCUUACAGCCUUCAUUUAGAUCACAUUAUUCAGAAAGCAAUUGCAACACAUCAGAAACGGGAUCAGUAUCUCAGAGUUCAGAAAGAUAUAUUUGUUCUUAAGGAUACAGAGGAGGCUCUUUUAAUGAACCUUAGAGAUAGCCAAGUCCUUCAACAUAAAGAGAAUCUCGAAUGGAAUUGGAAUCUUAUAGGGACCAUUCUUAAGUGGCCAAAUGUAAAUCUAAGAAACUAUAAAGAUGAACAGUUACAUAGGUUUGUACGAAGACUACUUUACUUUUACAAGCCUAGCAGUAAAUUAUAUGCCAACCUGGACCUGGGUUUUGCCAAGUCAAAGCAGCUUACAGUCGUGGGCUGCCAGUUUACAGAAUUUCUUCUUGAGUCUGAAGAGGAUGGGCAAGGGUACUUAGAAGAUCUAGUAAAAGAUAUUGUUCAGUGGCUCAAUGCCUCCUCUGGAAUGAAACCUGAAAGAAGUCUUCAAAAUAACGGCUUAUUGACCACCCUUAGUCAACACUACUUUUUAUUUAUUGGAACACUUUCUUGCCACCCUCAUGGAGUCAAAAUGCUGGAAAAAUGCAGCGUAUUUCAGUGUCUCCUUAACCUUUGCUCCUUGAAAAACCAAGAUCACUUGCUAAAACUGACUGUUUCCAGCUUGGAUUACAGCAGAGACGGGCUGGCCAGAGUCAUCCUCUCCAAGAUCCUAACUGCAGCCACUGAUGCCUGUAGGCUCUAUGCAACCAAACAUUUAAGAGUAUUAUUGAGAGCUAAUGUUGAAUUCUUCAAUAACUGGGGAAUUGAAUUACUAGUGACCCAGCUACAUGAUAAAAACAAAACAAUUUCUUCUGAAGCUCUUGAUAUCCUUGAUGAAGCCUGUGAAGACAAGGCCAAUCUUCAUGCUCUUAUUCAGAUGAAGCCAGCUUUAUCCCACCUUGGGGACAAAGGUUUGCUUCUCCUUCUGAGAUUUCUUUCCAUUCCAAAAGGGUUUUCCUAUCUGAAUGAAAGGGGUUAUGUAGCAAAACAAUUGGAAAAGUGGCACAAGGAAUAUAAUUCAAAAUAUGUUGAUUUGAUUGAGGAACAACUUAAUGAAGCCCUUACUACUUAUCGAAAGCCGAUUGAUGGCGAUAACUAUGUUCGUCGGAGUAACCAAAGAUUACAACGUCCUCAUGUCUACCUGCCUGUACACCUUUAUGGACAACUGGUACACCACAAAACAGGCUGUCAUUUGUUGGAAGUACAGAAUAUUAUUGCAGAGCUCUGUCACAACGUUCGUACACCAGAUUUAGAUAAAUGGGAAGAAAUUAAAAAACUGAAAGCAUCUCUUUGGGCCUUGGGAAAUAUUGGCUCAUCAAAUUGGGGUCUCAAUUUGCUGCAGGAAGAAAAUGUGAUUCCAGAUAUACUAAAACUUGCGAAACAGUGUGAGGUUCUUUCCAUCAGAGGGACCUGCGUGUAUGUGCUUGGACUCAUAGCCAAAACCAAACAAGGCUGUGAUAUUCUAAAAUGUCAUAACUGGGAUGCUGUAAGGCACAGUCGCAAACAUCUGUGGCCAGUGGUUCCCGAUGAUGUGGAUCAGCUCUGUAAUGAGCUCUCAUCUAUCCCAAGCACCUUGAGUUUGAACUCAGAGUCAACCAGCUCUAGACAUAACAGUGAGAGUGAGUCUGCGCCAUCAAGUAUGUUCAUAAUGGAGGACGACCGGUUUGGCAGCAGCUCCACUAGUACGUUCUUCCUCGACAUCAGUGAGGACGCAGAGCCAUCCUUUUUUGAUCGGCCUGGACCUGUAAAGGAUAAAAAUUCAUUCCCUUUCUUUGGGUCUAGCAAACUUGUGAAGAAUCGUAUCUUAAAUUCCCUUACUUUGCCUAAUAAAAAACAUCGCAGUAGCAGUGAUCCAAAAGGAGGGAAACUGUCAUCUGAAAACAAGACAAGCAACAGGCGGAUCAGAACUCUCACGGAUCCUAGUGUUGACUUCAUUCAGAGUGAUGACUUUACACCCAUAUCCACAGUGCAGAAAACAUUACAGUUAGAAACUUCAUUUGUGGGGAAUAGGCAUAUAGAAGACACUGGUAGUACUCCAAGUAUUGGAGAUAAUGACUUAAAAUUCACCAAGAGUCUUGGUACAGAGAAUCACAGAGAAAACACCAGCCGAGAGAGAUUACUUGUGGAAAGUUCAACAAGCUCGCAUAUGAAGAUGCGUAGCCAAAGUUUCAAUACAGACACUACAACAAGUGGCAUAAGUUCAAUGAGCUCAAGCCCCUCCCGAGAGACAGUAGGUGUGGAUGCUACGACUGUGGACACAGACUGUGGAAGUAUGAGUACUGUGGUAAGUACUAAAACUGUUAAGACGAGCCACUAUUUGACGCCACAGUCUAACCAUCUAUCUCUCUCCAAGUCAAAUUCAGUAUCCCUGGUGCCUCCGGGUUCUUCUCAUACACUUCCCAGAAGAGCACAGUCCCUUAAAGCACCCUCUAUCGCUACAAUUAAAAGUCUAGCAGAUUGUAACUUCAGUUACACAAGUUCUAGAGAUGCCUUUGGCUACGCUACACUGAAAAGGUUACAGCAACAAAGAAUGCAUCCAUCUCUGUCUCAUUCUGAAGCUUUGGCAUCUCCAGCAAAAGAUGUGCUAUUUACUGAUACCAUCACCAUGAAGGCCAACAGCUUCGAGUCCAGGUUAACACCAAGCAGGAUCGAUUUUAAAAAGAAGCAUGUCGGGGGAAUCAGGAGCUUAAGACCUACAAUAACAAACAACUUUUUCAGGUUCAUGAAAGCUUUAAGUUAUGCUUCGUUAGAUAAAGAAGAUUUAUUGAGUCCUAUUAACCAAAAUACCCUGCAGCGAUCAUCCUCAGUGAGGUCCAUGGUGUCCAGUGCGACGUACGGGAGCUCAGAUGACUAUAUUGGUCUUGCUCUUCCUGUAGACAUCAACGAUAUAUUCCAGGUAAAGGAUAUUCCCUAUUUUCAGACUAAAACCAUACCUCCAAUUGAUGAUCGAGGUGCAAGAGUGUUUGUUCAUGAAGCAGGAGGUCUUCCAUCUGGCACUGGAGGUCUGGUAAAAAACUCCUUCCACUUGCUGAGGCAGCAGAUGAGUCUUACGGAAAUAAUGAAUUCAAUCCAUUCAGAUGCUUCUUUGUUCUUAGAGAGCACAGAAGACACUGGGCUACAAGAGCAUACAGAUGAUAACUGCCUGUAUUGUGUCUGUGUUCAAAUUCUGGGUUUUCAACCCAGUAACCAACUAAGUGCAAUAUGUAGUCAUUCAGACCUUCAAGACAUUCCAUAUUCUGAUUGGUGCGAGCAGACUCUCCAUAAUCCCUUAGAAGUGGUUCCCUCUAAGUUCUCAGGGAUUUCUGGAUGUAGUGACGGCGUGUCUCAAGAAGGCUCAGCCAGCAGCACCAAAAGCACAGAAUUGCUGCUAGGUGUUAAAACAAUUCCAGAUGAUACACCAAUGUGCCGUAUACUCCUUCGCAAAGAAGUCCUAAGAUUAGUCAUUAACUUGAGUAGUUCAGUUUCAACUAAAUGUCAUGAAACUGGGCUUUUAACAAUUAAGGAGAAGUAUCCACAGACAUUUGAUGACAUCUGCCUUUACUCGGAGGUUUCCCAUUUGCUGGCACACUGCACGUUUAGACUUCAGUGUCGGAGAUUCAUACAAGAAUUAUUUCAAGAUGUACAGUUUUUACAAAUGCAUGAAGAAGCAGAGGCUGUGUUGGCAGUACCACCAAAGCAACCUGUAGUUGAUCCAUCGGCAGAGUCCUGACCUCGUGUUUAGGAUGUAUGUAGGCAGAUGCUAUUCACACAUUCACAUUGUGCAGUUCGUCAACGCCGCUGACAACGCCGCGGACGGGGCAGCAGGGACAGGAGUGCCUUCUGUGCACUGUGCCAACAGUUUGGGUGCAGGAACAGUGGAACUGCCGACUUCCCUAAGCAAACAUCUUCCUCUCUCCCCUGGAGCCCCUUUGGGGGUUCACUGUUCAUUACCACAGUUUUAAAAGUUUUAGUUACCAUUGUAUGCAAGAGCCAAGCACUGAAUACCUACAUAGGUUUUCUAUUUUUUCAUUUUACGUGCAUAACAACAGUGGAACAAUAAUAGGAUACACAGAGGCACCCUUCACACAGUUAUUUCUGAACCCUUUUUUAGGGCAAAUAAAAACAUGCCUUGUUUGUUAACUAAUUUAUGGAAACCAGGAGUCAGUGUCUCCGAGACAUCAUCCGUCAGCACAAUGGUUUGUGCUGUAACUGCUGGUAUGAGAGGGAACUUUCCCUAGUGUCCGUAACACUACGUCAGAGCUUUGUAACCUCAAAGCGAAAGAAGAGCCUCAACGACCCGGGACUUAUAAGUUAUUUUUAUGUUAUUAGAUUUUCAUAAAGUUUUUUAUUUGUUUUCCUUCUCUUCAGUUUUGUUCCAAGGUGUUGUUAUUAUAGGCUAUUUGAACCGAUUUAAGGUUUUUCACUACAGUUCCUGAUUAAAAUCAGAAAAUCAUUUUACAGUUCAGCUUUUUCCCACUUCUAGAGUGCAUAUAUAUGUGUUCAGUGGACUGCCGUUUUCAUCCUCUUCCCAUAUUACCAUUUUAAACAGGAACUUGAAUAAGCACUAUUAAUGCAGACCUAAAGCAAAAGAAAGCAUUAAAUGAUACUUUAAGGAAAAGUUAAGUUUGCCUACAAUUUACUACACAUUCCAUGGGAAAAGAAAAGCCAUAUUUCCUUUUAAAAAUUAUUAAUGACACUGUUAUUAUGAUUAAAAAUUGUAGUGAAAAGCCUUAAGUACCAAAUUUUAAAGCAGCAGUAAUUUAAUGUUUAUAUCAGUGUUCUUGUUUUGCACAAACUAAAUGCAGUGAUUGGUUAGUUUAUGAGUACAGUAAUUGCCUUGGUCACAGUUGUGAAAUUAAGUUGACGGGGCAAGGUUUUGUUUAUUUAUGUGUUUAAUUUGUAUAUGUCUAACAGAAAUUAAACCUAUAUGCAAAUUUGUAUAUAAAAAUAGCAUGGCCAAUCAUCAUUAGAAUGCUUGUAAAUGAAAGGAUCAUUUUUUAAGGUCUAUAUAUAAAUAGAAAAAAAUUCCAGCUGGACUAAUUAGGACCCUUUUUUAAUCAUUUGUGUAUGCCAUUUUUACAGUCACACAUCAGCUUUGACAUCAUCCUAACACACUGAUUCAUGUUUUCCAGGUCACAGAUCCUCUUUACAAUGGGCUCGUUCUCUGAGAUCUCUGUAAAGAACCCUGUGAACCAGAAAGCAAAACUCACAGAAAUACCUUUUUUUUUUUUUUUAAUUAACUGGCACUGAAAGUUCCCAUUGGGAUGAAACAUUUCAUCUUUAUAACACCUCUGACUGCACUUCACGAACUGUUCUCAUGUGCACUGUGUAGCAAGUGACAUGCUACGAAGCAGACAAGGGCUGGACUGCUGCUUCUGUUAAAAAGUGGUUCUUUAGACUUCCUCUCAAAUCCAAUUGAAGACAAAAUAUACUUUUUUAUACUUUAACUUAUCCUUAACCCAAAUGUUCAUUUAAAUGUCGACAAUAAUUUGCCUGUCACCUUGGUCUUUGGUCUUGGGUGAUUAAACUGCUUUCCAGAGAACCAAAUGUUAGAGAUACUAGACCAGAUAGUGGUUAAAAACUCCAAAGGCAGUAACAUAGUAAUCUUAUUCACAAUGGGAUUAACCUAUUUUAGACAUUCAUUUUAAACACUACCUCAGUUAAUAUUAAUAGAGAGUAUAAAAUCUGUGGUUUUACCCCUCAGAAGGUAACAGUAAUUCUUUUUUGUCACACACAUCAUCCCCAUCCUGGGGCCCCACCUCACUCGUCCAUCCUGAAAUGAAGUCUCAUUACUGUUUGUCUGAACUGUUUUGUUUGUGUUUUUAUAAUUACUUUGAAAGACUUGUAUGUAUGCAUCCUAAUAUUUGCCUAUAGCACUUAGUUUGGGGAGACACUCAGAGCUUUUUGGUUAUCAGUAAUUUAAGGAACAAAUGUACUUAAGUGUAUAUGUUUCACUGACAGGUCGAAUAUGUUCUUUUUGAGUACUUGUUUGUAUAAAAGUAGACAUUAAUGAUGAAAAAUGCUCACAUGCAGUGCCAAGUGAUCGAUCACCUUAGGGGUUUAAAAAUAAUAAAUUAUAGCAGAACAGGUUAGGAAUGGGAUCAAUGAUAAUAGAAGUAAUUGAGAAAAUCAUCUAUAAAUGAUAGAUAUUACCAGACUAAAAAAUACCAAAAUAAUGUCAGUACUAUAGGUUUUCAAGAUUUUAGGAUUAAUCUUAGUUCAUAUAAAUCUGUACUAUUGGUAAUUACUGAUAAUUUGGAGGAAUUUGGACAGUUGUGCUGGUUGUAAACUGUGAAUUUCUAAUAGUAAAGUAAAGUAUUUUUAAUUGAAAUUUUUUUCAAGAACAGAUUUUAGCUUCACAUACUAAAUAAAUACUGAUAAAAUUAGAAAUUAGUAUUCGUAAUUAAAUAUGAUCUAAAAUUUCUUACAUUUUUAUUUCCUGUUUAUGCUUAGGUAGAUUUGAGGGGAAAAGUUUCUUCUCCCUAAUAAAAAAAUUUUUUAAUGAAGAUUGGUAGCAUUUGGACAUCCUGUAAGACAGUGACAUUAAAAAAAGGCUCUUUGGAGGUGGGUAUAUACAUUACUAUACUAGUUACUCUAAUAUGUGUGCAAGUCCUUUUAAAAUGGUGUCUUUAAUAGUUUUCAGCUCUUUUAUCUGGAGCUUGGAACAAUUAAAGCUGAGUUUUUCAGGGCAUAUUACAAUGGCAGAGUGCUCAACAAUGGGGUGUCCAUGCGUAUUUAGAUUUGUCUACUGCUGUUUAUAUACAGAUUUUCAUUCCAUUCAGAGGAUGCGUUUUAUCCCACAUUAAGCACAGAUGAUUAAGCAAUAAACACCAAAUUGUCAUCCAAAUUAUAACUGCAAUUAUUUUUGCAUGGUAAGAGGGAGGUGCUGAUUUUGUGUGAGAUGAGCUUUGUAAACUACCUUGGAAAAGGGUCCUUUGGAAGUAAGGUUUUUCCCUUUGUCCUGUGCUUCCAGUUUUAUCUCAGAUUCACAACCCAUUAAACCAGAGGGGAAAGAAAAGGUAGAGUUCAUUGCCAGAGUUUUACCAGAACUGUUGGAAUAAAAGAACAUUUCAGCUUUUCCAAAAUGUAAGUUGGGAAAGGUCUCCCUUGUCUGCCAGUCAGGAAAUACAUGAUUACCAGUAGUCCUUCAGUGAGUUUCGUAAUGAAAGCAUGCCAGUGAAUCAACAGCAGUGUUUCUCAAAGGACAUGGAAAUCGGAACCCUUUCUAGGAGCACUAUUGUUUUCUUUCAGUCCCAGGUGCCCAGGGUAGUUUUCAUUCAUAGUAGGUUUGUAUGACCAACACAGAAUGCGGAUUCUCCCCUUUGGAGUGUUUUUGUAAUGUAGGUGGAUAGCUAUGCCACAGCAUGCAUGAAUUGCACAUUUUGUUUGAUUUUUUAAAUAAAAUAUUUAAUUUGAGAAAUAUAAUUUAUGCCAAAAAAGUAUACCUUGUAAUUUUGCCACUAAAAAGGUUGAUUUAGCACAAAAUGCAAAGUUUUGGGGCAGAGGUGGGGGGAGAUAAAAAUGUUUCAUAGAUAAUAGUUGGAAAUGUUCCAGUACUGGCCUGUCAGAAACCCUGAUGCUGCAUUGU